AUGCGAGGGAGGCGUGUUAGUGGGACGGGCCGGACUCGGCCCCCCACACUAGCGGUUGUUGAGGAGGAGGACGACCAGACAGCACCUCCAGAGGUGGCUGAGGCGCAAGAGGGUGUGCAGCCAGCUCCAGCACCUCGUAGACCUCGAGCUCAGCGCCAGCCUGUUGAGGGGGAAGUAUUGGAUGCCACUGGCAGAAUCCGAGUCAUCCCCAACGCACAGAGGACCAGGUUGCUCGAUACCAGCACGGUAUCUAGAGAGUUGCGGGAAAUCUUCCAGAGUCGGUGGUGGGCAGUAGGCACCGCUUGGAGGUUUUUGCCUGAGGAGGCUGUUUCUUUUUACUUCGAGGAGUUUAAGAAAAAAUUCUUCUGGGAGGACGAAUUUGAGGAACGAGUCAUCCGAAGUACUUUCGAGAAGCAUGCUGCGAACCGGUAUUCUGACAGGUUGUCCACUUACAAGACUUCUCGUGAGAGAGACGUGUCUAUUACAGACGACGUGUGGCAGGCUUGGGAGAGAGUUUGGGACUCUGAUGAGACAAAGAAGAAAUCAGCCCAGGCGCGGGCCAAUCGGAUGAGCGAGCCGGCCGGAGCUGGCACUGGACCAGUUCGACAUACCGGAGGGUCGAUGUCUGCUUUAAAGCAUAAGGCGGUUUUGGCUAGGGAGCUGGGGCGCGAGCCGACACAUGCUGAGGUGCAUAAGCGGAUGCACACUCUGAAGGCUGACCCGACCCGAUUCGUGGAUGAGCGCGCGAGGAUUGCGGCUUUUGUACAAUUUGAAGUUUGCAGGAUUUCCCUGAAAAAUGGGUGA